CCGCCCGCCAUGGAUCGCUUCGUUGGAGGGCCGGGCCUCUUCGCCAACGUGGUGAACGAAACCUUCGAGUUCUACCGCUGGUCCUGGAGCAUCCGAGACAAACGGGUUGACAACUGGCCCCUGAUGCAGUCUCCAUUUCCGACACUGGUUAUAAGCACCAUUUACCUCCUCAUUGUCUGGCUCGGCCCCAAAUGGAUGAAGACAAGGGAGCCUUUCCAGUUGCGAUCAUUGUUGAUUAUUUACAACUUUGGAAUGGUUCUACUCAACUUCUAUAUUUUCAAAGAGUUAUUUAUGGCAUCCAAAGCUCGAGGAUACAGCUAUAUCUGCCAGACUGUGGAUUACUCAGAUAAUGAAUACGAAGUCAGGAUUGCUGGGGCUUUGUGGUGGUACUUCAUAUCAAAAGGAAUUGAGUAUCUGGACACAGUAUUUUUCAUCCUAAGAAAGAAGUUUAACCAAAUCAGUUUCCUUCAUGUCUAUCACCAUUUCACUAUGUUUACCUUGUGGUGGAUUGGCAUAAAGUGGGUUGCAGGAGGGCAGUCUUUUUUUGGAGCUCAAAUUAACUCUUUUAUCCAUGUUAUAAUGUAUAUGUAUUAUGGAUUAGCUGCCUGUGGCCCAAAAUUUCACAAGUACCUUUGGUGGAAACGCUACCUGACCAUUAUGCAGCUGAUACAAUUCCAUGUGACUAUUGGCCACACAGCUUUUUCUAUUUACAUUGAUUGUCCUUUUCCUAAAUGGAUGCAUUGGAGUGUCAUUUUCUAUGCUACCUCUUUUAUUAUCCUUUUUGGUAACUUCUACUAUCGGACAUACAAGAUGCCCAAGCAGCCAGUAAAGAACGGCAAAAUUACCAAUGGCGUUAUGGCAAAUGGAAUAAGCAAAUCAGAAAACGGUCUAGUUAUGGAAAAUGGAAAGAAAAAGCAAAAGGAAAAAGCAAAAGGAGAGUAACUUGAUCCAGGCCUUAACCAUUGUUGGCAGUGAGGAAUCUCCAGUUUGGUUGUAAAAGAAAAAGAAACGUUAUUCUCUCUAUACCAAUUGACCUUUAGGUUACUGAAGAGAUAGAACACAUUAUUUAUGAAGAUUGUUUUAACAACAACCCUUCAACAUAAUUUUUUUGUUGUAAUUAUGUAAUUAUUAAGAACCUGGUUAUCUCUGUGUAAACUUUUAGACUGCUGGUGUUGGUGGUGUAAGAAAGAAUUGCUGAAAUAGUGUGCUCCAGUGGUUAAUAUUACAGUUAACCAAGGAUAUAGUUGACUUGUUGGAGAAGACAUUUCUUCGAACAAACAGGUAGUUUAUACAUCCCUCUGAUUCUCUCAGAUUUUUAGACCUAAUCAUUACCUAAUUAGAAUAUGGAAUUGUUCCUACCCAUUGAAACAUAACAUUCUUCGUAUUUACUUAGACCAGACAUAUUAGGUUGUCCUGGUUUUUCAUUCAUGUCUGUUACAACUUCUGUUAAUGUGUGGAAAAUACUCCUACCUCUUCAUCUGAUGAAAAUCACAUCUAAUUUAGAUAAUCCCAGUUUCUGUAGUUCACCACUAUAAAUUCUACUCUAUGCUAACGAGAGAAAAAAGAUUUGCUUCCA